CAUGAGUAAAAGGUGAUGCCAACAUCCGCUGACAGGGAGAGAGAGAGAGAGGGACAAUAAGAAGGAACCUCCAUUACUUCUCAUUUCCACAACACUUCUUUUAUAUCAAGAAGCAACAGCCUGCGUGAUCCACACAGUGCGUGACUGUAAUGUUCAAACAAGGCGGGGCUGACCCUCCUGUCUCAUUUUGGACGGACCACAAGUAGGACAGUGCUGCUGCUGCUGUUUUCUGUUUCAGGCAUGAAUUCGGCCGAGCAGACGGUAACCUGGCUCAUCACCCUCGGGGUCCUGGAUUCUCCCAAGAAAAGCAUCUCGGAUCCGGAGGCUUUUCUCCAGACCUCUCUGCAGGAUGGAGCGGUGCUCUGCAAGCUGCUGGAGCGACUCAGACCCGGGACGGUGGACAAAUUCUUCCAGGAACCGAGGAGCGACGGCGAGCGGCAGAAGAACGUGGCCGAGUUUGUGAAGGGCUGCGCGGCUUUCGGUGUGGAGCCGUUUGAGGUCAGCGACCUCCUGCAGGGACUGAACUUCUCCAAGGUCCUAAACUCCUUGGUUGCCCUUAACAAAGCUACAGAAAGUGUUUGUGAAGACAGCGUAUGUGUGCCGCACUCCUCAACGCUGAGGAUCAAGUCGUUCGACUCCCUGAACACUCAGAGUCGCUCCUCUAAACUGCUGCAGCCUCAGUACCGCAGCCUGGACAUGUCGGAGGGCAGCGGGUGUGGCCACCUGCUGGUCAAGGCGCGCUUCGCCUUCCAGCAGACCAACGAGGACGAGCUCUCCUUCUCCAAGGGCGACAUCAUCAGCGUGAGCCGGCAGGAGGACGGGGGCUGGUGGGAAGGCUCGUUCAACGGCAAGUCUGGGUGGUUCCCCAGCAACUACGUGCGGGAGCUGAAAGGAAGCGACAAAACAUCAGACAAGACAAAGACCGGGACGCUGAAAAGCCCGCCCAAGGUUUUCGACACCACCAUCAUCAGUAAGACCUACUACAACGUGGUCCUCCAAAACAUCCUGGAAGCAGAGAGUGAAUAUUCGAGGGAGCUGCAGAGUCUCCUGGGCUCUUACCUGCGCUCACUUCACCCCACAGACAGGCUCAGCAGUGUUGACAUCGGUCACAUUCAGGGAAACCUGGAGGAGAUCUCCACCUUCCAGCAGAUGUUGGUCCAGUCCUUGGAGGAGCACACAAAACUCCCAGAGAGCCAGCAGAGGAUCGGCGGCUUCUUCUUGAGUCUGAUGCCCCAGAUAAAAGUCAUCUAUGUGGCCUACUGCUCCAACCACCCGUCUGCUGUCAGCGUGCUCACACAGCACAGUGAGGAUCUGGGGGAGUACAUGGAGUCCAAAGGGGCGUCCACUCCUGGGAUCCUGAGUCUGACCACGAGUCUGAGUAAACCUUUCACCAGACUGGAGAGAUACCCGACGCUGCUGAAAGAACUGGACCGACACAUGGAGGACCAACACCCUGACAAAGCUGAUCUCCAAACCUGCAUGACGGCCUUUAAAAGCUUUGCGGCUCAGUGUCAGGAGGUGAGGAAGAAGAAGGACCUGGAGUUGCAGAUUUUAACAGAGCCGAUCAGAAACUGGGAGGGGGAUGACAUCAAAAACCUCGGCCCCGUUCUCCACAUGUCCCAGGCCAGCGUCCACACGCAGAACUGUCAGGAGCUAAACGAACGCUACCUCGUCCUCUUCCCUCACACCCUGCUCAUGGUCUCUGCCAGCCUGAGGAUGAGUGGAUUCAUCUAUCAGGGGAGGAUGCCGCUGUCGGGAAUGCUCAUCUCCAGGAUAGAAGACGGAGAAAACCUAAAGAAUGCUUUUGAAAUAUCCGGUGGCCAGGGUGAGCGGAUGCAGGUGGCGUGUAACAGUCAGCAGGAUCUGCAGGACUGGCUGGACCUUCUCACCAAACACACACACACUCCGGCCGCACACUCACACAAGCCUCUGUCUGUCUGUCACACAUUGCCCUCCCAGCCGGCCACUCCCUCCAGACACUCAGAGUCUCGCACGGGGAGCGUCGGACACAACUAUCACACCCUUCCCCACCCCUUUUCAGCUGGGACGCCCCUCGGCGGCAGCCCCAUGUGGGGCACCCUGGAGCCACCGAGUUCCUCCAAACCCUGGAGCCUGAGCUGCCUUCGCCCUGCGCCUCCACUCCGGCCCUCAGCUGCUCUCUGCCAGAAGGAGGACAUGAGUAAGAGUCCUAAGAACAUGAAGAAGCUGCUCCCGAAGAGGAAGCCAGAGAGGAAACCGUCAGAGGAGGACUUCACUGUCAGAAAAAGUACGGCGGCUCUGGAAGAGGACGCUCAGAUACUCAAAGUGAUCGAGGCCUACUGCACCAGCGCCAAGACACGGCAGACCCUCAACUCCACCUGGCAAGGGACUGACCUCAUGCACAACCACGUGCUCGCUGACACCAGCCUCACCGUCGCCGGUUUCCCCGGCAACAUCCCUUGUUCUGACCAGUCAGAGGACUCGGAUUAUGACAGUGUGUGGACCACCACUAGUUACAGGACUGCCUCGUUUUCUCGCUCCAGCAGGAAGGACGUGCACAUGUUGUUCCCGGACGAGGAGAAGAUCAUAGUGGAGGAGACCAGGAGCAAUGGACAAACUGUAGUGGAGGAGAGGAGUCUGGUGGACACGGUGUACAGCCUGAAAGACGAGCUGCAGGAGCUCAAACAGGACAACAAAAGGAUGAGGCGGACGCUGGAGGAGGAGCAGCGAGCGAGGAAAGAGCUGGAGAGGGUCAUCAGGAGAGUUCUGCAGAACAUGAACGAUCCGACCUGGGAUGAGACUAACCUCUGAGCUCAAACCCGCGUCCGACAACAAUGUUAGACUUUUUUUUCUUAAAUGACCAAAUGUACUUUGAACCAGCCUGUCGACAGGAGCUGCCGUCACUUCAUUCAACACAAACUGGACCAAGAGAAAACGCCUGCCAGCCGUCAGCGAAAGCCAUCCCAACCGACCGCAAAACUGUGAAGUCAAAUUAGCCUGGUAGGCGUGAUGACGUCAUUUCCCGAAACAAAUCACUUUAUCUCAUUUACCGUGUAUUUAUCUUUCAGUUCACACAUUGCAAGGACAGUAUGUCAUUGACUGGCCUGGGGAAUAAAUAAAAACGCUACGUAGGAUGUUGACUGACACUCCAAAGUGUGUUCGGGCACUUGACACACGACAUUUAAACCUAUAAGUGACCUCGUGUUAUGAACCCACUGCUUUACUUCAUGGGUUUUUAUUAUAUAUUUACGUUUCUAUACCCAGACGUACCAAAUUUAUUCCUUAAUUCUUCCGCUUCUGCAUACAACUGAUUGUUUAAGCUAAAAACAAAUUGACGUGACAACGAUCUACUUUAAUUAACCGAUGGUUUGACGAUCGUUUGUGAGCUUAUCAAAUCAAAAACAUUUUCUCAGGAGUGACCAUCAGGGAGGAUUCUUGCAGAUUGACACUAGCCAUAUUUAGCAAAGCCAUAUUUAAAGAAAACUCGAUUUAGAACCAGGUUAUUUUGACAUUUUUCUCUAGUGAUCCAUAUGAUGUACUGUGCAAAAUAUGUGUGUAUAUGAGGUUAAUAAGCUGCUUAAACGUCUGCCCAGAGCUUCAGUUAUAACAGUUAAAUAUGUGCAGACAAACACAGUAUUGCUGCUAAGUCACGAUCAAUUUGGAAUAAGUCUUUCAGAGCUGCUGCACACUUAAUUCACACUGCCCACAAAUUUCUUUUUUCUUUGUCAACUAGGACUGAAAGUCCUUGAAAGUUUCACGGUGAAAGUUUCACGGUGAAAAAUCCUGCACGUUUCACCUGUAACGGUCCUUUGUUCAGGUUUUUUUCUAAACUUGUGGACCUGUCAGCAGCUGCAGGGGAAGUGACUGCAGGCCAGUUAAACAGUGACGAUCACACAGAUACCACCACAUUUCUUUUUAGUUUCAGUUUUUAGGAGCUCAAAUUUAGUUUCAAGACCAAAGUCAAAGCAAUACAACACUGGAAAAUUCUUAUUUUUUUCUUUCUGUUAUGAUUUUUACUGUCAAUAUGCAACUUGCUGUAGAAUGAUUUCUUAUUUUUAUAUUUGUGAUUGUGUUUUUACUCUUAAAAAAAAAAAAAGAAGAAGAAAAAAGCUUUGAUUUGUAACACUACUUAUUUUUUACUUGACCUGCUCGAUCACACCGAAGUUGAUUUGUACAGAAAAGCAGCAUGUUUUCUCACGAGCGUCAGGAGACGUGCCUUGAGGAGAAGAAUAUUUCCUUUGGUUUGAAGUUAUUAAAGGAUAAAAACUGCAACGUAAACGUAAGCCAUGUAAUACAGUAUGUCGACUACUGACUUUAACUUAUGUAUUUAACUGAUGUACAUGUAAAUGUGUGUUCCAAUGCUACGGUGAUGAAGGUGAUUGCAGUAGUUACUAUGACAAAAAAAGAAUCACCCCCUCCUCCGUUAUUUAUUUCACCUAUUUGUCUGUGAAUAAAACGUUGAAUCUCA